AGAGCAUCUCGAUCGAUGACCUGCAAGAUGCGACGACGCCACGCCACGACGACGACGAUGAUAGCCGCCGUGCUCUGCCUGCUCCUCUUCUCCGGCCGCCUCGCCGCGGCGGAGAAGUCUUUCGGUGGUGGAGGCUACAGCGGGUUGGAGGCCGGUGGGCAGCAGCCGGAGACGGGUGGAGCGAGCGAGGCGGCGCUUGCCGGUGCCGCUGAGCAGACGACGACACCGGCGGCAUAUUCGUCAGGCGGCGACGCUGCCGCUGCUUCCGGCGGCAGCGCCGAAGCAUCAGCGUCGUCAGGCGGCGAGGCUGCCGCUGCAUCCGGCGGCGGCGGCGGGGGUGGUUACGGCGGCAAGCUGGACCCGGACGGCGACCCGGAGGUUGGUCUGAACGAGAAGGCGAUCAAGGAGAUCGUGGACGAGCACAACAUGUUCCGCGCCAAGGAGAACGCAGGCCUGCCGCCGCUGGUGUGGAACGAGACGCUGGCCAAGUGGUCGCAGAAGUACGCGGAGACGCUCAAGGGCAACUGCCAGCAGAUCCACUCGACGUCGCCGUACGGGGAGAACCUCAUGGAGGGCACGCCGGGGCUCACCUGGAAGAUCACCGUCGACGGCUGGAGCGAGGAGAAGAAGAACUACCACUUCGACUCCGACACCUGCGACGCCGGCAAGAUGUGCGGGCACUACAAGGCCGUCGUCUGGAAGACCACCACCAGCGUCGGCUGCGGACGCAUCAAGUGCAACAGCGGCGACACCAUCAUCAUGUGCAGCUACUGGCCGCCGGGGAACUACGACGGCGUCAAGCCAUACUAAUUAAUUAUUACUUGCUAUGCACCAUGCAUGCAUCAAUGAUCUGCUUCCUUGUUUUACUAACUAAUAAUAAUUUUCACCUCGCUCCUAUAUAUAUAUAUUUGUCUCACUUGCAAUUCUCUGCUAAAAUAUAUUACUUGCAAUUAUUCUCUGCUAAAAUAUACCAGUGACCAUUGCAAUUCUCUGCUCAAAAUAUAUCAAUUCUCUUC